GGCUUCUGCUGCCUGGGCACCACCAGGGCCAAGGCUGGCGCAGACGGCUUUGUCCGGGUGGACCGGGACUACGUGGCGCAGGCAGCAGAGCUGGCACGGGCAGGGGGCUGCAAGCACUUUAUCCUGCAGUCCUCCCAGGGGGCAAACGCACAGAGCAGCUUCCUCUACCUCCGCGUGAAGGGCGAAGUGGAGAACCUGGUCCAGGCUGUUGGUUUUGAUCGCUGUACCAUUCUCCGUCCAGCGGUGCUGCUGUGCAAGCGCCAGGAGUCCCGGCCCAUGGAGUGGGUAAUUCGGCAGUUCCUGGGUGUUGUGGCUCGGGUCUUCCCCACUGCUUACUCAGUGCCUGUGGAAACAGUGGCCAGGGCUAUGGUGGCCUGUGUGCUGCAGCCAGGCGAGGAGAAGGUGAAGGUGCUGGAGAACAAGGCCAUCCAUGAGCUGGGAAAGGCAGUGCCACAGCAGGGCACAUAGAGCAAAAGGGAUGGCAGGAAACAGCUUGGUUCACCAUUCAGAUGCUCUUUUGGGCCGAGGAUGAAUGCACGCAUGGGAGAGGUGCAGGGUGCUUAUAUGGCUAACGUGGAGCCAGAGGUGGGUGCACUUCUUUACACAGUGGCUCAUUCUGUCAAGGAAUCAAAAAUGCAGAUGCUGGAUGAGGAGAAACAAUGUGCUCUGCUGCCUGGAUCCAAAAAGCAAAUGCAGAUAAAGUGGUGUAAUCCAGGCCUUGAAUAAAACCCUAUGACUGA